GGACGGACUGCGCCGGCGAUGGGCGCGGGGUGAGUGGAGGCGGCUGCGGUCUCGGGCCGUCCUUCGUUUCUUGUUGGAGCUGCAGGAGUAGGGGUCAGGGGUGAGGAGCCACCCGGAGCCAGCGCCCGGCCUUUCCGCCGCCCCGCGCGGUCUCUGCGGCACCAGUUCCGGGCCCUGCUUCGCGGCGUCUGCUCCCGGGUUCCCCUCGCUCCGCCGCUCGGGGUCGUCGGCCGCGCGUAAACACCACGAUUUCGGCCCUUCCCUGGGCCCUGUUCGUCCCCUCUACCCAUGAGAGACUUCCCGAUCAAAAAUUUUGUUUUGGGCUGAUUUUAAGCAUUUUUCUGUUCGUAGCUGUGUGUUUGCACUCUGACUGGGAACACUGGGAUCACUUUCAUCAUGCCAACAGUGGUGGUAAUGGACGUAUCCCUUUCCAUGACCCGACCUGUGUCUAUUGAGGGGUCUGAAGAAUAUCAACGCAAGCACCUAGCCGCCCAUGGUUUGACGAUGCUGUUUGAGCACAUGGCCACAAAUUAUAAGCUCGAGUUUACAGCCCUGGUGGUUUUUUCAUCACUCUGGGAGCUGAUGGUUCCCUUCACAAGAGAUUACAACACACUUCAGGAAGCACUAAGUAAUAUGGAUGAUUAUGAUAAAACCUGCUUGGAAUCUGCAUUAGUUGGUGUUUGCAAUAUUGUUCAGCAAGAAUGGGGUGGCGCAAUUCCUUGCCAGGUUGUUCUGGUGACAGAUGGCUGUCUUGGCAUUGGUAGAGGGUCACUGCGGCAUUCCCUAGCUACUCACAGUCAACGAAGCGAGAGCAACAGGUUUCCACUACCUUUUCCUUUCCCAUCUAAGUUAUACAUCAUGUGCAUGGCAAAUUUGGAGGAGCUUCAGAGUACUGAUUCUUUGGAUUGCCUUGAACGUCUCAUAGAUUUAAACAAUGGCGAAGGGCAGAUUUUUACUAUUGAUGGCCCCCUGUGCUUGAAAAAUGUACAGUCUAUGUUUGGAAAACUAAUAGAUCUAGCAUAUACGCCUUUCCAUGCUGUUCUCAAGUGCGGCCAUCUAACCGCUGAUGUGCAAGUCUUCCCCAGACCAGAGCCUUUUGUUGUAGAUGAGGAAAUUGAUCCCAUUCCUAAAGUCAUCAACACAGAUUUGGAAAUAGUGGGAUUUAUUGAUAUAGCUGAUAUUUCUAGUCCCCCAGUUCUGUCCAGACAUCUGGUCCUACCAAUAGCACUUAACAAAGAAGGUGAUGAGGUGGGUACUGGAAUAACUGAUGACAAUGAAGAUGAAAACUCAGCCAAUCAGAUUGCAGGCAAAAUACCCAACUUUUGUGUCCUGCUCCAUGGCAGCCUAAAAGUGGAAGGAAUGGUGGCAAUAGUUCAAUUAGGUCCUGAAUGGCAUGGAAUGCUCUACUCCCAAGCUGACAGCAAGAAGAAAUCAAACCUCAUGAUGUCUCUCUUUGAGCCUGGCCCAGAACCUCUCCCAUGGCUAGGGAAAAUGGCACAGUUGGGUCCUAUUUCAGAUGCUAAAGAAAACCCUUAUGGUGAAGAUGACAAUAAGAGCCCAUUCCCCCUGCAGCCCAAAAACAAACGCAGUUAUGCCCAGAAUGUGACUGUCUGGAUCAAACCCAGUGGCCUACAGACAGACGUACAGAAGAUUUUAAGAAAUGCAAGGAAACUACCUGAAAAAACACAGACAUUCUAUAAGGAGCUAAACCGUUUACGAAAGGCCGCCCUGGCAUUUGGUUUCCUGGACCUGCUCAAAGGGGUGGCUGACAUGCUGGAAAGGGAGUGCACACUGCUGCCCGACACAGCGCACCCAGACGCUGCAUUCCAGUUGACCCAUGCUGCCCAGCAACUCAAGCUCGCCAGUACCGGCACCUCCGAGUAUGCUGGGUAUGAGCACAACAUCACACCUUUGCACACAGACUUCUCCGGAAGCAGCACCGAAAGAAUGUAAAGCUGACUUUGGGAGCCUGCCUUCUUUUGUCAUUCCAGGUGAAAAUGAUUUAGGGUAAAAACUUUUUAGUUUGUUCACCUCUGCAGGAGCCACCCGAAGAACUCCGAGGCUGUCUCAGAAGCACCGCUUGCUGGUUUCAGUGACUCUGCUAGAGUCUGAGGGAGGUUCCGAAGAGUGGUUGCCAGUUUGGGCUUUGACUUUAGCUUUUGGGGGCUGAGUCUUUAAGCCCAAAAAAACGCUGUUGCUCCCGCAAUAGGCACAUCUCAGAAACUUAAAGGACUGUUGAGCACAGAGCUCUCUCCCACUUCCUCAGGAAAUCUAACCAGCAAGGGCUCUCCAGCUUCCUGAAAGGCACCUUUUUCCUCUUCUCUCUCAACCAUAAGGACACUUUCACGCUCCUGUCCUUAGAAUGAGUAGCCCAGACUGUCUGGGGCUUGCUAAAUACAAGCCCAACACCUAAUUAAGCUUCAGAACUUUCCUUAGAACUUGGGCAAAAACUUGGUGGUAACCCUUUGGUGCUUUUGGUAUGUCUUGAGAUACAGACUUUUAAACAGCAACCAUAAAUGUAUAAAAUGAUUCCUGUUCCUUCAAGUUGUUUUUUUGUUUUUUUUUUUUAAUGAAAAUAAAAUACUUGGUUUUCUAUGAAAUGGA